AUGGGAGCCGCAACCGUGGGACUAAGCGGUGGCAGGUUGCCGGGACGGGGGAGGGAGGUGGGGGAGGCGGGACGCAUGCCAUCGGGCCGCGCGCCGCUAGUAGCGCCGCGGCACGUCCCGCGCGCCGCGCGCCGCGCCGCCGCCGCCGCUACACAACAACACGCCGUCACUGCGCGCCCUCACCGCCGCCCGCCCGCCCCACGCCCGCCGCCCCCGCACCUACCACCUAACAUGCGCACUUCAAACAAACAGAUACCAGGUGGC